AUGAUUUCAAACCUUCCCUUUCAGGCUGGAGAUGCAGAAAGCAAGGCUGCAAAAAACAAGGAAAGUGAUGAAGAGGAAGAGGAAGAGGAGGAAAAUGAAAAUGAAGAAGCAGAAGUAGAAGAAAACGAGCAGGUCGCCAACGGCACCAGCGCUAACUCCACGGAGGCGUAUGGUGGGAACAGCAGUAGUGGAGGAGACAAUGGAGAAGGUGAGGAACAGAGCGUCACUGAAGCAGGUGUAGAAGGAACCACAUUGGACAGGGAGCAGAUCAGUGACGGCCCCACGACAGCUGUCCUUCCAAACGGGUUUCAGUAUACAACCCCACCACCCGAAGCCUAUGGGACCACCUCCCCACCAUUCAGAAAACCCACCACCGCUGAGUACUGGGGAGAAUACGAACAAACGGGCAACAAUGAGGACAACGGUGAGUAUCAAAUCUACGACAAUGAGAACGGGGAGCCUCGUGGGGACACCUACCGGGCCUAUGAGGAUGAAUACAGCUACUACAAGGGGCGUGGCUAUGAAGGCUAUGAUGGUCAAGAUUAUUACUACCACCAGUGA